UUUGAGCAACGUUACGUGCUCGGAUCAUUAAAGACUGUCCCUAAGCACAAACUGAAGGGACACCAAAUUAAGGCAGUAAAAGGUUCUUCGUUGUUGUCUUGUGCCCAUUCGUGCCUAGCGGAGCCCACAUGUGUUUCAACGAACUUUGGAACCUCAGAGAAUAAUCAGUUUGUCUGUGAACUAAACAAUCGUGGUGUAUCGUUACUUCACAAUGAGGAGCUUACCUUUGAAGACGGAUAUACAUUUUCUCUCUACUUCAAAAUUUCCUUAAUAGACAUUAACUUGAAGGUAAGGAUCACGUAAUAGAAACGAAAUACCGCAGUGGAACCUCCAUGUAACGAAGUCCUCGGUAUAACGAACGAUUUUCUUUACCCCAGUAAUAGUAAAAUGUAUGGAAAAGUACUUCGAUGUAACGAAACCUCGUUAUAGCGAACACAUUUUGUCAGUCCCUUGGCACUUUGUUAUAUCGAGGUUCCACUGUAUAGCAAAGUUAGCUUUGCUUCUGUUAUGACUUGGAGAUGGCCGAAUAACUGAUGCUUAAAUUUUUUUUAACAUUUUAUUGUUAUUAUUUUUGUCCGUAAUUCUAAAUUAACCAUAAGUUUUUCGGCCAUCGAAGCAAGGCUAACUUUGCUAUACAGUGGAACCUCGAUAUAAGCAAGUGCCAAGCGGCUGGCAAAAUAAUGGAAGGAAAAAAAUUAUAUUGAAAGUUCAAAAACUGCGGCCACAAUUCUAUAUUUAGUGUACUCUUAUAUUAUUAUUUUUUUUUCAUUGAUGAUAGAUAAAAUUAUUGUAGAAAAAAAUUAAAACUGUUAAGCAUGUUUUUUUGCUUUUAACAAUAAUUACGAGGACAUUUGAGUCCUUGAUAUGCACAGAACUAAAUGACAUCAAUUCCUUUUUAUGGAUCCUUGUGGAGAGACUCAGAGUUGAUGAUAAUGGGGGUCGCAAAAUCUUCGAGAAAACUUUUAAAAUCGCAAAAAUUAAGUUCACUGAUAAUAUACGUAUUAAAGAAAAGACUCAUUCACACUUUUUAAAGAGUCGAGCAUCCGCCUUGUGACAAAUCCUACAUCAGUCACAGCCCAGCAAUUUUUUUAAGAGACUUCAGCUUUCGUUGUUGACAACUAUGAAGGGUUCUCCAAUAGUAUACUAGGAAGCCGAAGACUGGGAUCAUUUGCCCACCUACCCCUUCCAUAAGCCAACAUUUUGCCUUAAGUGAGAAGUAAGUGUUGAUGUUGGUGUAGGGGAGGGGUAGGUGGGCAGUUUCCCAGAAACGUAUAAUAAUCCAAGAACUGUACAGUGGUCAUGAAGCUUUCACGUUCAAUCAGAGUAAAAAGACGUUACUUGGCACGUUAAAUGUGCUAUUAGGACGGAGCUCAUUACUCCGCAGAGCGAGCAACUCACAUACUAGGCUUACUUUAGACUCUCAGCUCCGUACAUGUGUAAAUCGGAAAGAUAUUUUUAAAUGUUAAGAAAAAUUAAGAAAUGUUAUCCGGUCGGUAAAUUUCCUUACACGUUUACGGAAUUUAUAUACUGGUGUACAUUUGCGCAAAAAGUAAACUGCCCUAGGGAUCCUGGUGCUUACUGUCCGACGGCUGCCACAAUGAGAACUACUAGAACGAAGACUGUGAUCGUGAACUGUUUUCCCAACUGCUGUUAAUUUUCUACCGCAUUUUUUUUUCUUGCGCUGCGAAUUGUGCAGUCUAAACAGCUCAGGAUUUCAGUUUGUUCCGAUUCAAGCCUUAACCAAUAUUAUCAUGGUCAGUUAACUUAGCUGGUCAUCUUUGGUUUGCAGAGCGGCAGACCAUCUUGAAUUCGAUCUCCGCACUGGCCUAGUACGUACUCAAGGUAUUGUGUAAAAAAAGGGCUGUCUUUGCCACGAAACGGCUAGACCUUUGCUGGCUCGAUUGUCAUGCAGGUAGAAAUCGCGGUCCAGUCUCCAUGAGGCUACGUAAAAACAGUUUCCUAAUUUAGUACUUUCGUGCUAGACACGUUAUUAGACACUUUAAUAAAGUCGAGUAAUUUUAUUAAUUUACUUAAAUGAACUGGCAGUAGUCUAUUCUUCUCUUCUCUUUGCCUGGUUUGUUACAGGAGGGCUGCAAGCAGAUGACAUGUCUCAACCAAGGCCAAUGUUAUUUUAACCAAGAAAACCAAAAGUUCCGUUGCAAAUGUUUUCUCCCAUGGACAGGAGAGAGUUGCCAAAUAAAGACAGGUAAGACGUUAACCUUUUUAAUCCAAAUGAAAUGAGCCCAGGGAAAUUCUCCAAAUUAUUUUUCAAUUGAUGCAUGAUCAGACUGAAAUGAUACAAGAAUGCUUACAGCCAAUAAGCAGCCAUGUUUUAUUUUUGACUGAAAACAAAUCGCUGGUACAUGACCACCAAUAGCAGCUAGGAGAGCUUCUUUUCAGCGUUGAACAAUAUUUGGCAGCUUACUAAAAUUAAGACAUCUUAAAAUAAUGAUAAUCUCGGCUUUAAAUGCCAAUCCAAACCCAAACACACUCACACCUAGCAUCCGAUAGGCAUAUUGGAUUUUUUCACGAAAAUGUAUUUUUCGCCAUUUGAGGACUUGCUGUAUUCCUGCCUUGAACAACAACAACACAGACUUUGUUAGACUGAACACUCACAGUAACACUGAUUCCAACACUCAGACCAACGUCAGCUCUGGCCAAGUUACGACAGGGACUAUAAAUAGAUCGUUUUCACUCACGUGACAAAAUCCCUGACAACGGUUGCUACGCCGCCAUAUUUGUGUACAGAUAUCGUAAACAAAUCGACUGCUUUCUUUGAAGGAAGAUGGUGUUGUGCUUGAUUGUGGGCUGUGGAAAUAGAAGUGGACGGGAUAAAGGAUUAUAUUUUGCCAAAGUACCUUCGAUCAUUGAAAAUCAAGGAAAAGAAGCGAGAGAUUUGUCAGAAGAAAGAAGAUCGCGGUGGAUUUUGGCGAUCAGCAGGGACGACCUCACCGAUACCAUUUUGGAGAACGAUCGCGUGUGUGAGAAGCACUUUGUUUCUGGAAGAGCCGCAAAACCAUGGGAUAAAUUCAACGUUGACUGGGUCCCAACUCUGAAUGUGGGACAUAAUAAGAAGACCAGCCGAACAGAUCGAGAACAAGCGGCAAAAAGAAGUGAGAGGGCAAGAGAACGCGAGCUUGUAAAGAAGCCGGCAUUUGCUAAAAGAGAGAAGGAACUCGAAGCCGAGAGGGAAGUGAAGAGAUCAAAACUUACCGAACCAGGGCAGCAAAUUUUUGAUUUAAACUUCGACUUUAGCACAGAAGAUAGUCUGGAGACUCCUACAGCGAAAGGAACACAAACCGACACGAAGUUAUGUGUGGACACUGGCACACAAUCCGAAGAGUUUGACUACCUUGUCAGCCCACCGAACAUUAAACCUCCAUUUGAUCAGUGGGAAUUUAAGAGUGACAACGAGAAAGUCAAGUUUUAUACAGGACUUCCUUCAUUCCAUAUCCUUAACACUGUUUUCUUGCAAGUUUCUCCACACGUAAGCCGUAAAUCACAAAAUUUGACAUCAUUUCAGGAGUUCAUUAUGACACUGAUGAAGCUGAAACUUGACAUGCCUUUCAAAGAUUUAUCUUACCGUUUCAAUGUGUCACUGCCGACAGUUUCAAGGAUAUUUUCUGCAUGGAUGGUUGCUUUGGAUGUCAGACUGUCACCCCUCAUCAAGUGGCCCGAUCGAGAAGACUUGUGGCAAACAAUGCCACAGUGCUUUCAUGUUUCAUUUGGCAAGAAAACAACAGUAAUUAUCGAUUGUUUUGAAAUUUUUAUAUGCAGGCCAUCUAAUCUUCUCGCUAGGGCACAGACAUUCUCUUCCUAUAAGCAUCAUAAUACUGUCAAAGUAUUAAUUGGAAUAACUCCCCAAGGAACUAUUUCCUUUGUUUCAAAAGCAUGGGGAGGGAGAACAUCUGACAAAUUUCUUACUGAAAAUUGUGGAAUACUGAAAAAGCUUUUGCCUGGAGAUCUGAUUUUGGCAGAUCGUGGCUUCACAAUCCACGAAAGAGUGAUGUUUCAGCAAGCCCAACUGGCCAUUCCUGCCUUUACCAGAGGAAAAGAUCAACUUGAUCCUGUGGAUGUUGAGAAAACAAGAGGCAUUGCUAACGUACGCAUUCAUGUAGAGAGAGUGAUUGGACUACUUCGCAGGAAAUUUACCAUUUUGUCUGGAGUCUUGCCCAUUGACUUUUUAACAUGCAAGCCGGGUGGAACUGAAAAUGAAUCAGUACCCAUGAUUGACAGAAUCAUCACUGUAUGUGCUGCACUUAUUAAUUUAUGCCCAGGCAUUGUGCCUCUUGACUGAACUUUUUUAAAAGAAACUAUUAUACUAAGGAGGAAAAGCAUUUUAAUCACCACUCAGCAUUAUGAAAAUGUUAAUAUAGACAAAGGAAAUAAUCAUUUCCCCUUCCACCCCUCCCCCUUCCCCACCGGCCUCCAGUUACCUUGCCUCAAAACACAUUUUUGGAAUAAGUAAUAUUAUAUUGAAUACAUCAUCAAAAUAUUUGGAGGGGUGCAUGGGAUAUAGCCAUAAGUGACUCCAAGAUAAUUUGAAAUUUUAUGUUGUUUUAGUAUAGGUGAUCAUACGGCUUCAAGUUCAAUUUGGAAUUAAUUUGCAUGAGUGAGUUUUUCAAAAAGGUGAAAUUUCACCAGCCGCUUUGGCGAGUACAAUUUCAGCUUUUUUGAAAAACUCACAAGUGCAAAUUAAUUCCAAAUUGAAUGAGAAAAAUUGUAUGAUUACUUAUUAAUAAUAUAAAUAUGAAAAGAGUCGCGUGUACGAAGUGCCGGAGCAAACCUUUCUUGAUUAAAUGUGGCCCACAUUUUUUCUCACUCGACAAAACUUUUUUCAAAGUUUCUGCAAAAAGUUUUCCUGAUCAUGUUACGUGAUAUCAUUGGCUUAGAAGAUUUCCUAUAGUCUUUCAGCCAAUCAGAAUCCAGAAUUUCGAUGUGUAAUUUGCAUUGCUGUUACACCUUUUGCACUUGUGUUUCACUUUUUGCAGUGGUGUUACAGUUGAACUGCACUGCUCUCAGUUAAUCAAAAUUGAGUAAUUUUUUCAUGUAUUUCAUUACAAUAUUUAAGUACAAGACCUUAUGAAAGAAAAAUCAGAGGUCACUAAAGGCUUCAUUAUAUCCACCCCUCAGUUAUUGUAAGUGUAAGGUGGUGUAAUAAACAUUAAAUUGAAUUGUUUCUGUUAACCGAAUGUUUGUCAUUCACAAAGAAAUUCAAGUGGUAGGGAAAAGGUUCAUGCAACCUCUUUUCAGACACUGAAUCAAAUGAGGACGCAUUUUAGGAACAUCAAAAGUAACAUUGCAUGGAUUUUGCCCAUACACAAGACAUGUUGCAAAUGCAACUGCAAACACGCCACAGUCACUGCCAUUGGUUUGUUGCUGAACUGGCAUGUUUGUAAUUCUGUUUAAGUUUGGACCAUACAAAUUCUGGGCAAGUUCCUGUAUCUCUUGAGUUAUCACUGGUUUCAUGAGACUGUCCAGUAACUGCACUUCACCAGGGGGGCAUCCAAUCGAGGUCAAACACACCCAGUGAUUAUUGCCUACAUGCAGAAGUUGAAUAAAUUCUGAUGUCAUUGUGUCAAACUGUCUGACAGGACCAAGUGUUGGUCUCUGAAACCCUUCAAUGUUUGGAUUGAUCUUUUGCAACAGUAGCUGUGCUUCAUGGACAAUUGAGCAGUCCAGCCAUCCAGUGGGGGAUGCAAUGAGGUCAAACUCAGCUUGACCAAGACUUCCAAGAGACUUGUGUUUGUUAUGGGAUGUUGCAUGUUUUACUGUUUUUACGAAAGUCACGUCAGCUGAGGAGGUUGAGGAAGAUUUUCCUUGUUUCAUGUUGCUUCCUUUGCAAGCUGGGCAAAGCCAAGUGGUAUUACUAUUAUUCGGCAUACGUUUUAGGUUGAUGCAUGGCAAAUGAAAAAAAUUACCAUUUUGGCAACUAGAGUUGUGGCACUCUAAGAGCCUGUCGGUUAAGUUUGGUUUCUGUUUACACACACAAACAGAAUCUAAUCUCAGAGCAUCUGCUUGUGCUGUAAUUUUCUUUCCUUUUUUUGCCCUCUUAAACUCUGGAUUUGUUCUACAGUUUGGGCAGUACCACAACUGGGGAAUACUGUCAAUGCCCAAACAUGUGGGAUGGAACUGGCCAAUUUGACACUUUGGGUUGCAGCAGCUUAUGGUGUCUUCAGUCGUUGCUGUUCUGCAAUAACAAACUGAGUCGGUCACUGCCGGUUUAUCAUAAUGACACCUGGAAUACCACCUUCCAAGCACCUCGGGUAAAAUGCAUUUCCUCCAAAAAUUAGUUAGCUUUGGUACCACAGCUUUCCAGUGAUCUGCAUCAGGCAAAAUUCUCUGUUGCACAUGCUUGGCUUUCCCAUCAUGAUCAAAUGCACAAACUACAAAGUCACAGUACUGUUUCCUCCUGGUAAAGAUUUGUUGUUGGCACUGGUAGAAAUAUUGGUGACUUUUCUUUAAGUUAAAGUUACCAGUACUGUCCUUUUCUAGACAAGAUGAUGGUGUCAACACAUAGCUCUCGAAAUUGCAAUUUUCAACACACAGGGGGCAUUUCACUUCACCACAACCUUCACCGCAGCAGUCACAGGAACACAGGAAGUCAGGAGUAGCAUGUAUCCAGGGAUACUCUUCAUUUAUCAUUAGCCCACAUUUGACAACUUUAAAGUUUACAUGUUUCUGUUUCAUUACAUUUUCAUAUGCAUUUAUUGCAUCCUGUUCAUGUUUACAGCCAUGACAGACUGCUUCUGUGUUUAGCUUGGUCAGUUCAGGAUAACAAAUUGACUGAAUAAGGGACUGAGAGGGCAAAGCAGGAUUUGUUUUACAUACUGCUUUGCUCUGGGAAGCCCCAAUUCUGCCAGCUCUGUGUUUAAAAAAGUUGUUCCCCCUUGCCUGGCUUAUGGUGUCCCUCUCCACUUGUUCAAUCUGCUCCUUGGAAAGUUGAACCUUUACAUUACUGCAAACCUUUAACAGUCCCGGAUAUGUUAACUGCAGAUACUUUUUAUCGAAAAGAUCAUUGAUUGUUGGGAUUGAGCGACUUUUGAGGACAUAACUUUGUGCAAACUCAGGAAUUAGACUAAGAGCAAUGGGUUUGCUUUCACUACACUUGCUAAGUUCUGCGUAAAAGGCGUCCAUCUCUGCUUCUGUGGGUGGUGAAAUUUUCUUUCCAGAACUAGCAUAACCUGGGAUUGGAGAAUAAGUCUCCAGUGGAUCAGAAUUCGAAACUCCCGGUUGAAGGUUAGAUAUUUUCGAAUCUAAGUCAGUUUUCAUUUUCUUAGCGGAAGUAAAGUUUAUAUCCCGUGCCAUUGAGUACUCCACGUGGUCUACGUACGCGGGAAGAAGCCACGAGCAUUUAACUUGCGUACACGCAAGUUUUCCAUUUAUCUUCGUCCAUGCUUCUAAGUAAAACAAAACGCUUGCGAUGUGCGAACAUGAUUCCGCUAACCCGGCCUUGCAACCUAGGCAAUGAGCAGAUAAAACUGUUCCUUCUCUUUCUGUUAUAAUCCAGAUAGGGAUCAAAGAGUCAUUCAUUCUUUGCGAAUGUCUUACUUUGGCUAACACAACAAACUUGUUCGCGAUUAUGUGGCCUUUUACGCUGGUAAUAAAUCCCGAAACCAUUUGAUUAUAGGCUUCCAGGCUUCGGAAAGCUUUAAACUGUUGUUGCGUAUAGAAGCUCGUCUCUAACACCAGAUAAAAAAGAAGAUCUGUGCAUUCCACAGGAGGCAGGCAGUCUGGUUCAAAAUUCUUACUCUCAAUGAGCACGGGAUCGAUUCCAAUCGCCGAAAUUUUCUCCAUAUAACGCUGCUUGACUCGUAGCUCUAACUUCUUGGCGUACUCAGAAAGAGGAAUAAAGCUAGUUCCAUCGGGAUUUCCACUUAACUUUGCUUGAUCUGCUGAAUUAUUCAUUUUAAAGGCAAAAAUGAUAGAUGUGACUCACAUUUGCAUAUGUUUAGACUAUCCAAAGUUGUACACAAAUAUGGCGACCGGAAAUGAUGUGACGUCACAUGAAAACGAUCUAUAAGACAAAGACAAACCGGAGGAAAGACAGGGAGCAGUAUACAAGAUCAAAUGCUGCGACUGCCAAGCUACUUACAUUGGUGAAGCCGGCAGAAACCUUAGCACGCGACCGACCGAACACAAACGAGCGACGAGAAAUGGUGACGUCAACAAUAACAUCGCUGAACACCAUUUACAGACGAAACAUCAAAUCGACUGGGGCUUUGCGACAUGUAUUACGUAUUCUACAGACUACUAUCAACGACUCACUUUAGAAAGCUGGUUUACUAGCUUAGAACCAACGCCACUGAAUAGUAGUCAACAGUUACCGGCACUGUACAAACGAUUUAUUCACGAAAUCAAGCAAAACUAACUACGAGAGAACGACUGGACAACUGACAAUUUGACUAACAAUAGACGACUGUUUGACUCUGACAAUAGACGGAUCGAAACGCACCAAUUACAUUACGAGUCUUCAUAACCAAUAACAUCACGGCUUAGCUGACAGACCGCGACCAACAACAUCGCAAAGUAAUUGACCGAUCAGGCCAAUAACAAGAGUAUAAUACCAUCAACUGACGUGGUACAACUCACUUUGACUCUGUAAUUGAGUACUGCACAGGUUGUCCAAACGUCAGUCACUGUCAACAGCAACACUCCUAUUCAGGACUCCUUUUUCACCGGGACGAUCAGUCUCAACCUCCUUUUUAAACAAUAUUACAAGUAUACCCGGAUUUUUAAAAACCGGGCUAGCAAAAAGAAUCAACUCCUUCUACUACUUGACAAUUUACAAACAAUGAAAAAUCAUUCAAAGGCUGAUAUUAAAAACCAGUAUCUGAUGCCAGGCAGUAAGUAAGAGGUCCCUGAUAGCAGCUCACUGAGUCCAAAUUUUAGAACAUUUAUUCAGUAAUCUGACUUAGUGAAGUUUCAAAACGGUGUCAUUUCAGUCUAUAAAAUAUUUAGUAGAGUGAAAUGCAGUCAAAAAGUGCCUGGUUGAGGGUUACAUAACAACUUAAAUAUCAUGCUAUUUUCUCGAACUGAUAAAUGACAGAAUUUGGCAUGGAAUAGAUUUUCCUGAGUCGAGUUUUCCAAGACACAUUCACCUGAGCUAAACACCGACGAAGCGUUUGUUUUUAUAGCUGGAACAGAAACUUUUAGUGCAACGACUGAGCCACGAAAUCACAACCUGUGUUCUUUCUAUCAACACCAUCCGGAAAUCACACAAAUAUGCACUUUCGUGGCGCUGAUAAGACUAUCCACAAUCACGCAUAAUCUUUUCACGUUGAACACAAGCCAUAUCUCAUGAAAUAACCAGGAAAAACUCACUACAGGUUUUUGGCAGAUAAACACCUCUAGACGUUUCUCUUACACUCGUCUUAUUCAAGCUCCGCUCUGUCACUAGACUCCUCACUCUGUCGGCAGACCAGCAUAAACUCUGUUUUCACACCAGAAAAAAAGUCUUGGCCAAAUAGAUUUGACUCUUAUUUUAGCCUUGUUUUCGAGGCAAAACUUUUUUGUCACCCGGGAAAAGCGAGCAGUAUCAUACCUUUCUGUUUCAGCGCCGAUCAGGGUGAUUGGUAGUCAAAUGAAAAGAGAGUACGGGAAGACAUUGGACGAUGCAGACCGCUCUGCGAAUCGUAUUUAUCACAUAUAUGUCCCAUCUGACAGCUUUGCAUGAUACCCUCCGGGAAACUUUUCUAGGCUCAAGGUGACAAACAACGAAAUAUAAACUACUGCUAAGCGCUUCGGCAUCGAAACCAGCUUUAGGCGCGCACUAAUUUCAAAUAACUGUCACUUGUGUUAGAGAGCGAGAUCUGGGUAGAGACGGGAAAAGACCAAAGAGGGAGGGGGCGGGGUAGAUAGAAAGUGAAUUCGCGAAAUUAUAUCUACAGCCACUUCUACAAAAAUCCCUAACUACCAACCAAGAAAAGAUACGACAUAAACAAAACCACACAGUAAACAAGCUAAGACAGAGGAAGUUAAGAUAAAUUACAAAAUGUUUGCUACCCCGGUUUUUAUAAAUCCGGGUAGAAGUAAUACAGGGAAAAUCUAGGAGAUCUGGCAUGUUAGUCACAACUAUCAUGGCAGCUUCUUUCAACACUUCACAACCACCUUGUGAUCGGUGACCUCCUUAAAAAUCUCAGGUCAGCGGUUAACAUUAUUCAAUUCCUUCAAACCCUUUCAAACAACCACGGACGAAAACGCCGAGCAACUGGAAAAAAUAAAACUAUUCUAGGGAGAGGACGUAUAUAUACUUCCUCGGUACCGGGAACUUGUCUCUUUGGACGUAUAUAUACGUCCUUGGCAUUAAAAGGAUUACGAGUGCCACAAAAACCCGAAAUUCAUUAUCUUCUUAUUUUCUCCAUUUAUAUAACCAUUCACAGCCACUGAAUAAGUGAGUUUGUCUUUAUUUCCGCCUCACAGACAUUUACUAUAACUUUACUUCUCUUGGAGCUACGGGGAGAUUUGGACCAACCAGUAAUGCACAUUACCGAGGCACCUCGCUGCAAGGGAUCUCAGUUCAAAAGGGCCUACAAACGUGGAUUGUUCCAGUGACGGGCCAGUAUCAAGCUGAGCUGUGUGGAGCUUCAGGAGCGGACAAUGGGUUUUAUAACACCAGAGGUGGAAGAGGCGCCAAAGUAAAAGGAAGCGUUCAUCUGCAAAAGGGAACACAGCUGAGGGUCUUAGUGGGGCAAGAAGCAACUGGUGGGGGUGGUGGGGGUGGUACGUUUGUUGUAUUUGCUGCAGAUGGCAAGCCUUUAGCUGUGGCUGGGGGUGGGGGUGCAGCUGAAAUUGUAGAUGGUGAUCCUGGACAAGCAAGUGAAAAAGGUAGCGUAAAUGGUGGUUCGAAAGGAAAGGGAGGAAAGGUUUGUGUGUCAGAUGCCGCCUUUCAAUCUUUAGUUGGUGUCGGAGGAGGUGGUGGCCUAUUAACCAAUGGACGCUGCUAUGAAGAUGGACAAUGCAACAAACCAUGUCCAGGGAACGACGGAGGUAAAUCAUUUUCCGCCGGUGGAGUGGGAGGUUAUAACAAGAAGGCCGGAUGUGGUGCUGGAGGGUUUGGUGGUGGUGGGAAUUGUGGGGGAGGGGGUGGGUACUCCGGUGGUGGUGCUCAAGUGGACGGGAAGAGCGAAAAUCUGGAUCUUAGCGGCGCUGGCGGAGGAGGUUCGUUUGCACCUAAUAAUAACUGGCGUUUGCUGUCUGGAGAUUGCCCCGUGGGAAACGGUUUUGUUACGUUUAAGUUAGUAUCACUGAAUUGA